AUGGCAGACGCAAAGAAGAACGAUCCCCGCACGGUGUUCGUGCGGGGAAUCGAUGCCAGCGUCACAAACGAGCAGCUGCAAGAGUUUUUCAGCGAAGUUGGGCCCGUGAAGAACGCCUUCCUGGUCAGGAGGGGCAAGGAUGGGCCGCACAGGGGCUUUGGCUUCGUGCAGUUCGCGGUGCAGGAGGAUGCCGAGCGGGCGGCGGCAGAGGUGCCCGGCAAGGAGCUGGCGGGGCGUAAGCUCAAGGUGGAGGGUGCCGUGAAGCGUGCGCCGCUGGAAGAGCGGAAGAAGCGAAAGCAGUCAGGGACAGCAGCAGCACCCCAGCAGCAGCAGCAGCAGCAGCAGCAUCCAGCAGCAGAAGUGGCGACGGCGCAGGCGCCCGCCGCCAAGAAGCCGCGCCCAUCCAAGCCGGCCGGCAAGCCUAGCAGUGCGGCAGCAACAGCCGCAGAGGCCAAGCACAAGUGGCUGCGGACGGUUGCCAUCGCGGGGCUGACCCCAGAGGCAGUGGACAGCGCCCUGCAGAUGGCCAGGGCAGCCGGCGAGGUGGAGGAGGUGAUCCGACCCAUGCCCGACCAGCUGGGCGCGCAGUUCAAGCUGAGGAGGGACGGGUGCACCGGCGAGUCGCUGCUGGCUGUCUACAAGACUGUCAAGCAGGCCACCAUGGCGGUGGAGCAGCUGCAUGGGCAGGUGGCCGUUGCCGGCGGCGAGCCGGCUGCAAAGAAGCAAAAGAAGGGGGGCAGCAAGGCGGCAGAGGCAGGCGGCGGCGGCGCAGCAGGGUGCCGCGUGUGGGCGCGGCAGCUGUCUGGCGACGGGCUGCACCAGAAGCGCUGGCGCCUCAUCGUGCGCAACCUGCCCUUCACGGCCAGCGAGGCCGACCUGCGGCAGGCCUUUGCGCCCGCCGGCUUUGUGUGGGAGCUGUCUCUGCCGCGCAGCGCCAGCGGGCGCGGCCGCGGCUUUGCCUUUGUGGGCUUCACCUGCAAGGCGCACGCGGAGCGAGGCAUCAGGCUGGUCAACGCCACGGUGGUUGCGGGGCGGCCCGUGGCGGUGGACUGGGCGGUGGCCAAGGCGCAGUAUGACACGGCGCAGCCAGAGCAGGAGGCAGGGGCGGCUGGCGAGGGUGGCACGGCGGGUGCCGGCGUGGCGGGCGGCAGCUUGAGGCAGCUGAUGGGGAUUGAUGGCGUGGACAGCGACUCGGAGGAUGAUCAGGCUGGACCGCCGGCGCAGAUGGGGCACGAAGGCGACGACGGCGAGGCGGCGGCACCUGUGGAGCCGGAGCAGGAGCGGCGCAUGCUGGCCAGCGUGAUUGACGGCAUCCUGGACGGCGGCGGUGAGGAGGACGAGCCUGAGGCGGCAGCAGAAGGGUUGAGUGAGUCGGAGGAGGAAGAUGGCUCUGAGGAUGAGGACGGCGAUGAGGCUGCCCAGGAGGAGAGCGACAGCGAAGAGGGGGAGGAGGAGGAGGAGGAGGCGGACGAGGAGGCGCCUGCUGCCAGCGUGGCCGCAGCCGACCCAUUCAGCCGCAGCCAGCUGCAGAAGAAGGCCGAGGCGGCGGCGACCGCGGCGGCGGCGGUGGCGCCGGGUGCCGACCAGGGUCGCCAGCGAGCUGAGCCAGAGGCCGACGCCACCGUGUUCAUCCGCGGCCUGCCGCUGGAUGUGGGCAAGGAGCAGGUCUUCCUCAAGAUGAAGGUGUACGGCCCCGUGCGCUCCUGCCGCCUGGUGUUGGACAAGGACUCGGGCAAGCUCAAGGGCACCGCCUUUGUGGACUUCUACCGGCGUGCAUCGGCGCAGGCGGCGUCAGACGCGUGCGCCAAGGGCAGGCGCAAGGAGGGCCCCGGAGUGGUGAUUGGGGGGCGUGUGGCGGACGUCGACCUGGCUGUGGGGCAGGAGGAGGCGCGGGCGCUGGCGGUGGCAAAGGCGGCAGAGCGUGGCCCCCGCGACAGCCGCCGCCUGGCUCUGGCCAAGGAGGGCCAGAUUGUGGAGGGCUCCCCCGCCUGGGAGGACAUGUCGGCGGGAGACAGAGCCAAGCGCAAGCGCGCAGCAGAGGAGAAGAAGCUGAAGCUGAAGAGCCCGAACUUUGUGGUCAGCGACUGCCGCCUCAGCGUGCGCAACGUGCCCACCGCCUGGACAGAGAAGCAGCUGAAGCAGGCCUUCAUCGCAGCGGUCAAGGAGCGCGCCAGCAAGGCGCAGCCGCAGGUGAAGCAGGUGAAGAUUCUGAUGGAUGAGGAGCGGCUGGGCCCGGAUGGCACGCCGCGCAGCAAGGGCAUCGCCUUUGUGGAGUUCACGGAGCACGAGCAUGCGCUGUGUGCGCUGCGCCAGCUCAACAACAACCCCGCCGCCUUCAGCAAGGAGCGGCGCCCCAUUGUGGAGUUUGCUCUGGAGAAUGUGAAGACGCUAAAGCUGCGGGAGACCAAGCUGGGCAGAUCCAAGCAGCCGCGAGAGCAGCAGCAGCACCAGCAGCAACAGGAGCGGCAGGGAGCGGGAGGUGCUGCUUCGGGCACGGGUGGAAGCCAGCAGCAGCAGCACCACCAGCAGGGUGAGAAGGACGGGGCGGAGGCGCCUGAGGCAAAGUCCAAACGGAAGCUGCGCAAGGAGCGGCGGCUGAUGCUGCAGGAGCGGCGCAAGGAGCAGAAGCAGCAGGAGGCAAGCGGAGGCGGGGCGGCGGCGGCCAACGGCACGCCAGCAAGCUGCGAGAAGAGCCGGUCAGCGAAGCGGCGCGAGCUGCGCAAGCGCAGGCAGGAAGGGCAGCAGGGCGUGGCCCCCGCAGCAGCGGCGCCGGCAGUCAAGACGGCACCUGCCACCGCCGCUGCAGCCAAGCCCGCCAAGCCCGCGGCUGGUGCCAAGCAGCAGCAGCAGCAGCAGCAGCAGCAACGGCCACGUUUGGGGGUGAACAGCAGGGCGGCCAAGGUGGCCGCGACCUCUCAGCAGGAGCAGCAGACGCAGCGGCGGAAGCGUUCUGCCGACGAGCUCAUUGACAAGCUGGCGGAGGGACCCAAAGGCAAGCGCGAGCUGCGGGCGAGGAAGCAGCGCAAGAAGGAGCAGACUGACAGCGUGGACCAGCUGGCGCGCCAAUACCUCACCAAGUUCUUCUCGGAUGCGCCCGCUGGGGCUGGCAAGGCUGGCAAGGGCAAAGGCGGCAGCAGCGGCAACGCGGGAGCAGCGGCCGGCCAGCGCUCGGCGCUCAAGCGCUGGUUUGAGGCGCAGCCCCAGCAGCGUCGCGCAUCCCAGCAGCUGCGGGCGCAGUCCACCGCCGCGCCGCCCUACUGGGACGACGAUAGCAAGCCCAGAGUCAACGUGUACUCAGACUACACCAUCUACAAGGGCAAGGCCGCCAUGGCGAUCAAGGUGAUCAAGCCCACCUGGGAGUCCAUUGGCAGCGGCCUGAAGAUCAGCCGGGAGGGCACGCUGCUGCUGGAGUUUGCCGCCAGCGUCGGGCCGCAGCAGUAUGACUGGACCAAAAAGGAGACAUUUGGGCUGAGCGCGCUCGAGUGUGCGGCGGUGCUGGAGGCGGCGGACGCGCGGCAAUCCUUUGAGGCGCUGCACGACCCCAACAAGGGCAGGGGAGGAGAGGGCACCGUGUACAAGAAGUUCAACAUGCGGCCCGCCCCUGACAAGGGCUGGUUCUUCAGCAUCGCCUCCACCGCCAGCGGCAGCCAGGUCAACAUCUCCUGCAACGUCAGCGACGCGGAGCUGCGCCUGGUCACGAGGGUGUUUGAUUUUGUGAUUCCACGCCUGCUGGGCUUCGACGAGCACUUUGCGGGCGCGCCGUCUGUGGUGAUGCCCGAGAGCGCUGCGGCGGCAGCACCAGCAGAGGCUGCCGCUCCCUUUUGA